CGGGGCUGCGCUCUCCCCGCAGCCGCCGCCGCAGCCGCCGCCUGGGCCGCCCCGUGUCCCCGGUGGAGCCGCCGCCGCCGCCGCCGGGAGCUCGAUGCGGACGGAGCCCGGGCAGGGCCAUGGGGAUCCUCAGCAUCACGGACCAGCCGCCCCUGGUCCAGGCCAUCUUUAGCCGAGAUGUGGAGGAAGUGCGUUCCCUCCUCUCGCAGAAGGAGAACAUCAAUGUGCUGGACCAAGAGAGGCGAACCCCACUGCAUGCUGCUGCCUACGUAGGCGAUGUCCCCAUCCUCCAGUUGCUACUGAUGUCAGGUGCUAAUGUCAACGCUAAGGACACACUGUGGCUGACCCCUCUUCAUCGUGCUGCUGCCUCCCGAAAUGAGAAGGUGCUGGGACUGCUGCUGGCACAUUCAGCAGAUGUGAAUGCCCGGGACAAGCUGUGGCAGACACCAUUGCACGUGGCUGCUGCCAACCGGGCCACCAAGUGUGCUGAGGCUCUGGCACCCUUACUGAGUAGCCUCAACGUGGCCGACAGGAGCGGGCGCAGUGCCCUGCACCAUGCAGUGCAUAGUGGGCAUCUGGAGACGGUGAACCUGCUCCUUAAUAAGGGAGCCAGCUUGAACGUUUGUGACAAAAAGGAGCGGCAGCCUCUGCACUGGGCAGCUUUUCUAGGGCAUUUGGAGGUCCUGAAACUGCUGGUGGCACGGGGCGCAGACCUCGGCUGCAAGGACCGCAAGGGCUAUGGGCUGCUCCAUACAGCUGCUGCCAGUGGCCAGAUUGAAGUGGUGAAGUACCUGCUCCGGAUGGGGGCUGAGAUUGAUGAGCCCAACGCUUUUGGAAACACAGCUUUGCACAUCGCCUGCUACCUGGGCCAGGAUGCUGUGGCUAUCGAGUUGGUGAAUGCAGGAGCCAAUGUCAACCAGCCGAACGACAAGGGCUUCACGCCGCUGCACGUGGCUGCAGUCUCCACCAAUGGCGCGCUGUGCUUGGAGCUGCUGGUCAAUAACGGGGCGGAUGUCAACUACCAGAGCAAAGAAGGGAAGAGUCCUCUGCACAUGGCUGCCAUUCACGGCCGUUUCACCCGCUCCCAGAUCCUCAUCCAGAACGGCAGCGAGAUUGAUUGCGCCGACAAAUUUGGGAACACGCCACUGCACGUGGCCGCUCGCUACGGACACGAGCUGCUCAUCAGCACCCUCAUGACCAAUGGCGCGGAUACCGCCCGGCGCGGCAUCCACGACAUGUUUCCCCUGCACUUAGCUGUUCUCUUUGGAUUCUCUGACUGUUGUCGUAAGCUUCUUUCCUCAGGUCAGCUGUACAGCAUCGUAUCCUCACUCAGCAACGAGCACGUGCUUUCAGCUGGGUUCGACAUCAACACACCUGACAACCUUGGCCGUACCUGUCUUCAUGCUGCUGCUUCCGGAGGGAAUGUUGAAUGUCUUAACUUGCUGUUGAGCAGUGGAGCUGACUUGAGGAGGAGAGACAAAUUUGGAAGGACCCCACUGCACUAUGCAGCCGCCAACGGCAGCUACCAGUGCGCUGUCACGCUGGUGACUGCCGGGGCCGGCGUCAACGAGGCUGACUGUAAAGGCUGCUCUCCCCUCCACUAUGCUGCCGCCUCCGACACCUACAGGAGGGCAGAGCCCCACUCACCUUCCAGCCAUGAUGCUGAAGAGGAUGAGCCCCUGAAGGAGUCCCGCAGGAAGGAGGCCUUCUUCUGUUUGGAAUUCUUACUGGAUAACGGUGCAGACCCCUCCCUGCGGGACAGGCAGGGCUACACAGCUGUGCACUAUGCAGCCGCCUAUGGCAAUAGACAGAACCUCGAACUGCUCUUAGAAAUGUCCUUUAACUGCCUGGAGGAUGUAGAGAGCACCAUUCCAGUCAGCCCUUUGCACUUAGCUGCCUACAACGGUCACUGUGAAGCCCUGAAGACACUGGCUGAGACGCUGGUGAACCUGGACGUGAGGGACCACAAGGGCCGGACCGCGCUCUUCCUGGCCACUGAGCGAGGCUCUACUGAGUGUGUGGAGGUGCUAACGGCCCAUGGCGCCUCUGCCCUCAUCAAGGAGCGCAAACGCAAGUGGACACCCCUGCAUGCUGCUGCUGCCUCUGGCCACACUGAUUCCCUGCACUUGCUGAUCGACAGUGGGGAACGCGCUGACAUCACGGAUGUCAUGGAUGCCUAUGGACAAACCCCGCUGAUGCUGGCCAUCAUGAAUGGCCACGUGGACUGCGUACAUCUGCUGCUAGAGAAAGGAUCCACGGCUGACGCUGCUGACCUCCGGGGCCGCACCGCCCUCCACCGCGGGGCAGUGACUGGCUGUGAGGACUGCCUGGCUGCCCUGCUGGACCACGACGCAUUUGUGCUAUGCCGAGACUUCAAGGGCCGCACACCCAUUCACCUGGCCUCAGCCUGUGGCCACACCGCAGUGCUGCGGACCCUGCUGCAGGCCGCCCUGUCCACAGACCCCCUGGAUACCGGGGUGGAUUACAGCGGAUACUCGCCCAUGCACUGGGCCUCCUACACUGGACACGAAGAUUGUCUGGAGUUGUUACUUGAACACAGCCCGUUUUCAUAUCUGGAAGGAAACCCCUUCACUCCUUUGCACUGUGCAGUUAUUAAUAACCAGGACAGCACCACAGAGAUGCUGCUGGGAGCUCUGGGUGCCAAGAUUGUGAACAGCCGAGAUGCCAAAGGACGGACCCCUCUUCACGCCGCUGCCUUCGCGGACAACGUCUCUGGGCUCCGGAUGCUGCUGCAGCACCAAGCCGAGGUGAACGCCACGGACCACACUGGCCGCACCGCGCUCAUGACGGCGGCUGAGAACGGGCAGACUGCAGCUGUGGAAUUUCUGCUGUAUCGAGGGAAGGCAGACCUUACUGUGCUAGAUGAGAACAAGAACACUGCCCUCCACUUGGCCUGUAGCAAGGGCCAUGAGAAGUGUGCCCUCAUGAUCCUGGCAGAAACCCAAGACCUUGGCCUUAUCAAUGCUACCAACAGCGCGCUGCAGAUGCCACUACACAUUGCUGCCCGGAAUGGCCUAGCCUCUGUGGUGCAGGCCCUGCUGAGUCGUGGGGCCACCGUGCUGGCUGUGGAUGAAGAAGGUCACACCCCAGCAUUGGCCUGCGCCCCCAACAAAGAUGUGGCAGACUGUCUGGCCUUGAUCCUUUCCACCAUGAAGCCUUUCCCACCCAAGGACGCUGUCAGUCCUUUCAGCUUCAGCCUGCUCAAGAACUGCGGCAUCGCGGCAGCCAAGACGGUGGGUGGCUGCGGUGCCCUGCCCCACGGGGCCUCCUGCCCCUACAGCCAGGAGCGGCAUGGCGCCAUUGGGUUAGAUGGCUGCUACUCCGAGUAGCCCCCUCCAGUGUCCCUCCCCCUGCCGGUGGCUUGAUAUCUUAUUCUAUUUAUUUAGAAAAAGUCUAUACAUUUAGGGCACUUUAAAGGAGAACACGACUGGGUUGGGGGGGGGUGGAGUGGGGAAAAAGCACUGGGGAGCAGCUGCUCACCCCUUUGCCACACCAUCCUGGCCUGGCAGGGGUCUGGGACCAACAGGGAGCACCCCAGGCCCUUAGUACCCCCAGGGCAACCCCUUCUGCCAAGUGUCCCAAAAUGAUUGCUUGCUGCCUGGCGCCCUCUCUUCUGUCCGCUCUCUCAGUUCCCCUUCUGCUGCCAGCUGCCCCUUACUCUUCCUUCUGACUCGCCCCAGUUCCCUUCCCCUUGCCCCUGCCAGGCAGAUCUCCGCCUCCUCUUCCAUACCCAUCACUGCCUCCCUGCUCGGCCGGCCCCUCCAUCCCCGCAGCAGUGAGAAGCCUUAAUUUCUGGUACUGUGUGAGCACUCUGGGGGUGUCCCCCUCCCCCUUCAGGGGCAGCUAGCGGACGAGGGGGGAGGGUAUUUAGCACUGGGGCCUGGAGCUUUUCCCCUUCUUCUGUAUCUCAUCACCCCUAAAGUUCAAAUGCAAAACACUUGAAGCAGCAACUACUGUACCUGGGCCCCAAUCCUGCACUCUCCCGGCUCCUCGUAUGCAAAUCAAGGGCUGGCAUUGCCCCCACAGCCUGCCCCUCCCCUCCUCCCGCCCCUUCCUGGCCUGGCCUCCUAACCACGCACUUUAACACCCACCCCCCACCCCGCUUCUUUCUUUUAACUUCUUUUGGGAGGGUGGAGCCUGUGGCCAUUCCCUCUCUGGCUCUCCCCUCCCUUGACUUUGAGGCUUGUCAUGAAUUUUUAAGUAAGCAUUUUAUCCUUUAGGGGAAGAAACAAAUUAAUUUCCUGUCCAUUUCAAAACCACAGCCCUAGUCUGUCCUCUGUGUUUCAGGCAUGUGUUUGCAUGUGUGUGGAGGGAGAGACUGUUCUUCCUCCUGUGUCCCCCAGUCCCACAGUUGCUCUCUGCCCUGACCCCACCCCACCUGCUGCCGCCUUCUGUGAUGUCCAAGAGUACCCACUGCCCCCAGGCACUCCUGAUCUGAAGCCAAAGAUGGAGGGGCAGGGCAGACUAGGGACCGUGGCUGCUCGGGGGCCCAGGCGUCUCCUCCAGUGAGAGGAGGAAGGUCUGCGUCUACUGGGGCUUGGUUUCUGCCUUCCCAGCAGCUGGGAGAGAAGGGAUCAAGCUAAGGGCUGCGCUGAGAUUUCCUGACGUUGCACCCUAUAAGCCAAACUGGGCUGGAGUGAGGAGGGGGCAGUUUUCUCUCUAAAUGUAGCAUUGAAUUUGGCCCUGGUCCCUUCAGACGCCCUGUCCAUCCAUCUCCUAGCUCAGCCUCCUGGACAGUGGGACCCGCUUCCUUAGCCCAGCGUUCCCUUCCUUACACUCAAUACCUCAGCCAGGGGCCAAGACACAUAACUUGAAUAGAGGUCCUGCCCUCCCCCGCCCCCAGUGCAUCCUCGCCCAGUCUGGCUGCCAUCAGUAUUGUCCCUGGAGGACUGGACAGGCUUCGUUUACACAGUACAGGGCCUCCCCCCGGGGUGGGGUGGGGGAGUCCCCUCCGUCUCCUUCCCCCACCCGUGCUUGCUUUAUUCACAAUCUUUUACACCCUUUUCAGUUGUGUCCCCCACAAGUCUGGCCACCCUUGCCUGGGGUGGGCUGAGGGGAGAGUAGGGACAUCCCAGGGACUCCCCGCUCCCUCGCAGACACCCUUCACCAUACCUCAUUCUGGUUUCCCGAAGCCUGGGGUGUUCAUCCCAGUCCUUACUCUUUUUGUCUGGCUCCCUUUCCCUCCCACCCCUCCUCUGUGUGUCUUGCUUCCCCCAACCCUCAGUUCCUAAACCAUUUCAAAGCUUCCAAAUGACCAUUAUUGGUGAGAAGGAGUGUGCAGCUUUUAGUUUUAAUCUUUAUUUUCAAAGCCAAAGGGCCUUGCAAUGCCCCUCUUGCCCACCUCCCUGCGCACCCUGUCCUCCCCUAGACGACAAUCAACGUGACCUCUCUUAAGGGCUGCAGCCCCCCACCCUGCUCCCGUCCUGCUGGUUCUGCAGAGCUUGCCCCUGACUUCACUUCUCUCUCCUCCUUCCUGUUCCGCCCCCCCCCCCCCCUCAUUUUGGUGCUGGGAAUUAGGUGGCGGGGGGGCAGGGGGCGCAGGGAGAUGGGUCCUCUGGAGAAGACUCUUGGGAUUGCAGUCGUGUUCUCCUUCAUCAGUGUCUGGUGACGACAGGAAGACGCGAGUGUUUGUCAGGAGCCCCGUGGUUUUGCUAGAUGAGAUUUCUGGUGACUGCCCGGUCCCUGCCGUGCCUUUGGCACAGCAUCAGCAGUGCUGGGGCAGGCCAUGGAGCAUCCUCUGUUCUCCUCGUGUGGCUGUGAGGAGGCCGGGAGGCCGGGCAGCCUCCUCCCUUAUGCCAAAGGAAAUCCCACACCCCACCCCGGGCUCCCCAGCCCCUAGUGUCUUUUGAAGCAUUUUGACCAUUCUCAUGGCCACUGCAUAUUUAUUUUAAUGUUAAGUUUUUGAUUUUUGUUUUAAACCUCUUUGACUUAAACGGGUGCGGAGAAAUCAACCAGGCAGAAUGCCCCCCCCCAAUCUUAAGGAGGUAGGGCGGGGAGGAAUCGUCUCCUUCCCUUCGCCCUCCCUCUCCCUGUCCCCCUCUCCCCACCGCAGCUCUAAAGCACUUGCUUCAAGUAAUAAGCACUUUUGAGAAAAGGCCUAUUUUAAGUGAGGACCCUGGGAGCCGCCCCAGGUCCCAGCAAAGGGGACAGAGCGAGGGCUAUGUAGGAGACAGGGAAACAGAUGUGUGAAUCAGAGGGCGAGAUGGAAAGAGCCAGUUUUUAGUUUCUGAUUUUUGGGGAGAUGUUUCUGAUUGGGCGGUGGCUUGGUAGGGUUGUGUACUAUCCUUCAGAAAAACAAAUGGCACAAACUGUGGGUCCCUGGAUGGACCAACAGACCCGGGUCACUGCCACUGUCCAGCCGAGACUGAUGGGCCACCUCCCCCGCCCCGUGGCCCCCUGAGCCAUAGGACUGCUGAAAACCACUGAAUGUACAGCCCAGGUUGGGGUGGGGAGCAGCCCCUGGGGGAGGGGGCUUCUCCUUUCGUUUGGUGCUGUGGGGGGUGGGAGAGAUGAGACGGAGGGACUGCCACCCCACUUCGACAUGUGUUCCUUGGGGUGGAGGGGCUGAGGAGGGCCUGCCUCCCUCUCCAACCCCAGCCAUGGCCCCUCUUCCUUCCUCACCCCUAUCCGUUUUGACUGUAAGUCCAGCUCACCUUUGCCUUCAAUAUGUAACCAAAGGAAAACUCAAUACUGUUUCCACCGCUGUCUGCCCACCCGAGCACCUUCUUACUCCCCGGACCUAGGAGGGGAGAAGAGGCAGGGUGGGGCGGGAGGCGUGGGGCCAGAGUGAAUGGUUCUGCAGCUGUGUGCCCCCUCAAACCUCCCUUGGGGUCUUGGGAGGGGGCGUUGGGGCCAGACUGGAGGCACUGGGAGCAGGCACGCUCGGGAUCUUAUGUAUGUGAGUGUGACUUGGUCUGAGUGGCUCCGGGGACUGUGCUCCGGAGGGUGGCCCCUUCCUCCUUCCCUCUCUGCCAUUUCUCACCCUCUCCCCACACCCAGUGUUCAUCCCCCACCUCCCCUUCCUGCCGCAAAGGAAAAUAGCCUUACAGACCCUAGCCCAGAACCCUUCCUCUCGGGGCAAACCAGUACGGGGCCCCAACCCACCUAGUUUGAACCCUACCUUUGAAGGAGGGAUAAGGAGUAAAGCAGCCCCUUCCCAUCUAAUUGUGGCUCCAGCCCUCAGCCUUGACCCAGAUCGGGCAAGAGCUGAGGGGAGGGAUCUUUGAGGACCAAGCCCAGUGGUCUGGGAAGAGGGAGGUAGAGAGGGAAGGGUCUGACUUGGGGACCCCCUCCUCCCGACCCAACCCCUAGAGAAGCGACCAAAUCCCAGAGAUGGGAGGAAGCUGGGGUGGGGAGGGUCUGCUCUAUGAAUUACUUGAAGGUACUGACUGAGGCUGCUGUUGCCCACUUGGGUGUGAGGGGGACACUGUCACUGCGUUUGGGAGGGCCGAGGGUGGCGGGGUUGAGAGGGUCUGCCCUGGGCCCUCGCUCACUCCCACCAGGCCCUUUCCCUGGGGAGCCUGGCUUCGCCCCUCCCACCUCCAUCCCUCACUCUGGGCACCCUCUCCAAUUGCACUAAAGUAGCUGUGUGCCAGUCUUACCCCACACCAGGGCGGGGUCUCUGCUUCCAGUCCUUUCUCCCCCACCCCGCCUCUGCUCCUGUCCCAGACAAUCUCCUUGUUCCUCUGUAUUCCUGGGUAGCUCAGCUUUGUGUGUGUGUGUUUUGGGGGGUGGGGUGGGUUCUGGCUAGAGUGGGUUUGCUAGGGGUUUGGGAAGGGCUAGGGGAAAGAUGGCAGAUGAAAUCUCCUGCCCCCUUCCUCAACUCCCGGCCACAUAAGCCUGGGAGGGAGGGUGCCUACUCUCGCUGCCGCGUGUCUUGCAGAUGUGCCAAAAUGGGGGUGGGUGGGGGGGAGGGUGCCUGGCAGAGCAGCCCCCAGGGUGGCUCUCUCAAAGCAAUACAGUUCCUCCUGCCUGGGGGACGGCAAGACAGGGGAGAGGGUUGGGUUGGGGACCUGGGGGUUCCCUGUGUACAGCUGUGUAUAUUCAGGGGUGUUCUCCGUCUGGUACCCGCUGUGGGCGUCUCUGUGUGUGUGAACCUCCCCUUCCCCGUGCCCUGCAUGACCUGUGAUGCUGCAGACACCACCAUCCUGUGUGCAGGGGUGUGUUGGGGGCACCGAGGGGCACGCCCCAUGUCCUGUUGCGCCCGCCGCCCUGUGACCCAUGUACUCGGUUGUAGGAAGUAAAGAGAACUGAGCACAAUUCACUGGAUUCUAGUUGAAUCUUUCUCUAAGCAAUGUUCCCCGCCUGCCCUUCUCCCUGUCCUGGAUUCACCUGUGGUGCUAGCAUUGGGGUCGGGGGUGGGGGGCGGGGUGUUAAAUGCUGGUGGGCAGCAAUAAAGGGCAGCCCUGCCCGGAUGCCUGCAUCCCCAGGGUGCUGAGGGCAGCAGGGAGAAGUGGGGACCUUGGUGCAUCGUUCUGACCCAACCCGCCCCUUCCUCUCUGGGCUGAAGCACAAAGCUCUCCCCCGCAGACCAGACCCAAGCGUCCUGCACCCUCCAGGCCCUCCCUCCCCCUGCCUGCUUUGAGCCCUCCUCCUGCCACAUCCCCGUUUUCUAUGCUGUUUUGGUGCAAGUACAACUGUCGUAGUCAUGGCUUGGGGAUGGGUUCUGUUUAUUAAAAUCCUAUUGAUCCUA